AUGAGCUCCGGCUACGAGCUGCAUCAGAAGCUGCGCACCAAAACGGUGCGUCAGGUCAAGAAGAAGCAAUACGAUGAAGCCAUCUCGACCCUCCACCAAGGCGCCCUGUCCCUCCUGUCCCAAUCCGAGCAAGGGUCCGGAUGCGACCUGGCGGUCUACAUGAUCGACGUGUACGGCAUCAAGUCUCAACUUGUCGACUCGGAAUCUCGCGAUCGCAUCACCGACAUCCUCGCUCAAGCAGCACCCGACUUUUGGCGCAAGAAGGUGGUCGAUGCCGCCGUAAAGUGGAGCGUCAAAGCCACGGGUGCGUCGACGGGCGACCCAUUGCUUCGCCUCUUCGUCGCAAAGAUGUAUGCCAAAGACGGGGAGUACGAGCACGCGGAACCGCAUUUCCUCGCGAGCUGUAUCGAAACCGAACAGACCUAUGCUGUCGAGAGCGCACCCAAGGCCUACGCAAUCGCAAUGGCAUCCUGGCUGGGGAAGUUUGCACAACAAGCCUCGGAACAGCCGGGGGAGACGCGCAAUCCAGAUGCAAUCCAGCGCAUCGAAGCGGGUCGCUUCGCACUGCGGGCCACCAUCCCCCUUCUCGCUAAUCACGCCGUUCAACCCGCUAUCGCUUUCCAAGAGACCUAUCUCACCACCGUCACGAGCUCCCUCAAGAGCCUGCUGCUCCCUGUCACGCCCAAUCCACGACCCUACACGCCACCGGGCGCAUCAACCCCAUCGAACGUCCAACUGUACCUAACGGCCAAUCCGGACCUCAACUUCUCCCAGAUGGCUGUGGCGCUCGUUUCCGAGUCGGCCAAGUUGCCGGCCAAUCAGCGCAAACCCGAUUGGUUGCGGAACGCGUGGAUCAACCUCGUCCGCCAAUAUGAGAGGGAAGCCCCGGCGCUGACCCAGGAGGACGGCGUGAGGGGGGCAAUCCCGCAGAUCGGGGCGGAUUGGUUUGGUUUGCAGCCCCCAAGGGCGCAGGGAAAUGUGCUGUCGGAUAUGAUGGCGGGGUUGUUUGGUGGGCCGACUGGGGCGGGUGCGGGGGGGAGGAAGGAGUCGUCGCAGAUUGCGGGUGCGGGUGCGCCACCAAAGCCGCUUGCGAGUGGAAGUGCACAAGGGCAGCCAGCAGCAGCACCAGCGCCAACGACGGCAGUGGCCGACGACUUGGUCGACGACGAGAUGGAUUGA